AUUUUUUUUUUUUUUUUUUUUUACCGUUGACUGUGCUGUUUACGUCUCGAGGUUACUGCACUGAGCUAACUGAUGAGGUAGCUGAAGAAUCUCAACUUGUCUCCCUGUCCGUCCAUGAAAAGAUGAUUGUGGCGUUGAUGAUACAUGUGUGAGGAGAACGCUCCUGUGGUCCUCUUGCCGCACCGCACACUUCCUCAUGGAUUCCAGCAAUGACGAUGCACUUGAUAUCAUCAUCACCAAUGUGGUGGCAACUUUCAGGACAAGGUGCCACCUCAACCUGCGCACCAUUGCCUUAGAGGGAAAUAAUGUCAUCUAUAAACCAGAAUUUGGGAAAGUCAUGAUAAAGCUCCGUAAACCCAGAAUAACAGCCUCAAUCUGGUCCUCGGGGAAAAUCAUCUGCACUGGAGCAACAAGUGAGGAUGAUGCAAAAAUUGGUGCUCGCCGGUUAGCACGCGUCCUGCAGAAACUCGGCUUCAAGGUGAGGUUUUCAGCCUUCAAAGUUGUGAAUGUCCUGGCCGUGUGCUCCAUGCCGUUUGCGAUCCAACUCAUAGACUUUACGAAGAAAAACCGCCCCAUUGCCAGUUACGAACCAGAACUCCAUCCCGCUGCCACGUACAGGAUCAAACACAUCAAGGCAACUGUCCAGGUGUUCUCUACUGGCAGCAUCACCAUUACAGGACCAAAUGUGCAGAACGUGGCCACAGCGGUUGAGCACAUCUACCCACUGCUGUUCGAGUGUAAGAGAGCCCUCUGCAAAUAGAAGAACGAGUGGAAGGAGGAGCAACGAAAGACGGACAAAGGCGUGACCGAUUUGAGGAAGCACUUUACCCUCGGAUUUUACCUGCUUUUUAUGGCUCGCCGGAAACAGCCUCAGACUGCAAACGGGACCAAGAGCCUGGAUGUCACCUGGAUUUAAAAAACGAAACAAAACCCUUCGACAACCCCAGUUGGAGUCUUACGAGUUCCCACUCUCACCAAAAUGUAUUGUUGUUGUGGAUUGUGUGACUUUGGGGAUUUUAACAAUCUUAACCUGCAAGUGUACGUCUUUUUUAAACAUCAAGUCCGUCGGGGGGGAAACCGGUUUGACAAAGCCGACAUGGCACCGAAGCGCGAGGCGCCUGUUUGCUCGCUCUGUUGCCUCUGAGCGCUUCUUUGGUCGCGUGGACACAGAAAGACCAGUUCAUCGAGCGUCUUCACCAUUUCAAUGCUUAGCAGUUGCGAAGAGUCAACACACUCAGAAACUGCGGCGUGAACCUUUUUAUAAUACAAGACGCCGUCACAUCUGCUACUCCGUCCACGGCUCGUUUGUCGACGCGUUAACGCAAAUACGAGGCGUCCGCUGCAUUCCCCGCGUUUCUGCCCAAAGAGAAGAACAGCCGUCUCCCCGUAGGCGAAGUCGCGACCGUUCCACGCGUACGCAAAGUACGAGCAGGUCCGGUUGCAGAUGGACUUCUCCACUCACAAUAUACUCUCGUCAGAUUGUUUUUAUUCUUGGCUUCUCGCAUGUCCUUACUUAGUUUGGUUAGUUGACGAUAAACGCGUUCUUGUUCCUCAACUGUGGCGUCGGAGCGGAAUGCAGACGUCUUGUUUCAUUUAAUUCACUGUCAUUUCUUAACAAUAGUUUUAAACACACGGGAAAGAUGAAAUCUUUUUUUUUUUUUCUCGGCCGGACAAUGUACAGAUCAAGAUCGCUUGUCCUACAUGUUUUGGAGGGGUUGGAAGGGAUGUUUGAUGUCUCAGGUGGUGUGUGGAGCUACAGAUCCCCAACGCACUUUUCACUUCGGCCAACUUCUGGCCACGGCCGGCCACCGGACGAUCCAGAUGUCGUCUCAAGGGAACGACGGACACGAGUCGCCGAGCGGUCGCCGUCUUUCACUUAACACGGCGACGGACAAGUCGAGGCAGAUAGUUCAGGAGUAUAGUUCUUAAACACUGUCCAGAAUUGGUCUUUGGAAUCGCUGCAUGGGAACAGGGCAAAGUAAAAGAAAAGUCGGUGAGAAAAAUGGAUGGUAAUGUUUAAGUAAAGAACUCAAAAUUACAAAUGUAUCAAGUUAUACAAAGUUGUAUGGCAGUUAAUUCAUGAGUUUUUCAAGGAACAUAAGACCAUGCACAGUGUUCAAAGAGCCCAUGAUUCUAGUUUUAGCCAGUAAAAAAAAACACCUUCAUAGAAUAUAAUUUUCCUAAACAAGAAACAAUGUGUAAGUGUUUUUAAAUGUGAAAACCUAAUGACAGGCAACGUAGACGUAUGUAUGGGAUCUGAUGGAAAAGAGGUUGAGAAAAGAAAAGAAAGAACUCGGGCACGUCUCAAGUAUGUGGACUUUUUGAACCGGUGUCAACUGAGCAUUUUGUGACAUUUGUUCAGAAUUUUGUAUUUUGUAUAAAAAUAAAGGUUCAUUAUAAAACGCCA